AUGCUUCAAGAAUGGCUUCGAGAUCGCUGCGUGCCGGUGGUGGCGACGCUGGUCACGGAGGACGCCGACAUCGCCUGCCGCAAGAACGGCCUUAGCUUCGAGCAGCUAGUCAGCGCCUUCGCGCGGAUGGACGGCCUCAAGGUCCCCUUCCGCUCCUCCAGCCAGCAGUUCUCGCUCGAUUCUUUCUCCUGCCGCUUCAUGCGCGGCUCGUCCAUGCGCCCCGCUCCCGCCACCGAGGGAGACCCGUCGCUGUCCCACAUCGCAGUAACGAUAACGGCGGAGGCGUCGGCCGCGGCGGCUAAGGCCAACGGGGGGGACGGAGCGGCGGGGGAGCUUCUGGAUUCUUCGUUAGUGGAGGACCAGGAGUGGUACAAGCGGUAUCGCGCCAAGCUUUGGGGGGGCCUGUGCCACCAGGAGCACGAGAUGCUCGACUGUCCAGCCGCGGUGCUGGUCGUGGUCUCCAGUACAGAGGCCAGCGGAGACCCGAUCGCUUGCUUCGACGAGCUCUCGCUUCCGCGCUACCUCCCGCCGCCCUUCCAGUCACGACAGUACGACCCGCAGUCCCCGACGCUGGUGUACGUGCUACUGCACGACUGGUGCCUAGGGGCGGCAAGGGGGGUCGACCCGGAUCGCUUGCUCUCCCAGAUGCGCGGAACGUUCACAACAGGCCAGUGUCGCCUGCUUUGCAUCAACAGCCUCCCCCCAGAAAGCCCAAACCUGUACCAGAAGGACAUCUGGCCCGACGCCCAGCGGCAGGGCAGCAACACAGGCGGCGUAAUUAGCGGCGAUGGGCCGGAAGGGGGCUCCACCGCAGACACCACGGAAGGAGGCGGUGGCGAUGUGCGGGGGCGUUGUCUUAGCCCCGAAGAUUUGGUGGCGACGAGAGACUUCGUCCACGGCCUUGCGACACAGGUGGUGGUGCCAUCCAUGGAGCGGCGCAUCCUCAACCUGAACGCCACCGUCAGCAGCGUUCGCAAGGGCGUCAAGAACUUCAUGAAGUCAUGGCUGAGAAAGCCCCGGGACAGCGUGGAGAUGCACUCGGCGGACGGCGGGGCGGCAGGGGGUGCCAAAUACAGGUUUGACCGCAUCGAGAGCCAGAUCCGACUGCUGGCGGACAGCGCGUUCUUGAUGCGAGACCUGGACACCGCGGUGGCCAUGUACCGCAUGGCCAGGGACGACUUCAAGAGCGACAGGCGAGAGAACCAACGGCAUCGUUUCGCAGCAGCGUCAGCGUGGUAA